AUGUCUGGGGUUUGGAUUGCCGUUGGUGGCCUUGCUAUCCUCCUGAUCGUGGGUAUCGUUGUAGGUGUUAUACUCUACAACAAAUCAGGGAGUACCACGGAUACCGAUGUUACCACCACUACUAACACAGAGAACUCGAGUGGGGGCACUGUCGUCUCCAACACGGGAGGCACUGUCGUCUCCAACACGGGAAACUCAAGCUCUAGUGCGGGCACUGUUGUCAGCACGGACACCUCUAGUCUCACAUUCAUGGUAGUGUCGGAUAUUGACCAGGACGUGUACGAGAGCCUCGCCACGCUCUCCGCGCCCUGGGGCCCGGCGUACCUCGUCACUGCGGGUGACCUCGACUACACCGAUCCCGAUACCAAGGGGCCCGCGGGGCACGCGGGGUUCAAGGCCGGCAUCGGCAAGCACUUUGCCGGUCUGCUGGCGGCCAAGCGUAUCUUUCCGGCCAUUGGCAACCACGACUACGACAUGGCCAGCGGCGACGACGCCGCCGCGUUCAUUGAGUACUUUAACCUCAAGCCGGGCACGGCGCUGCCCGGCAACGUGAUAGUCCCGUCCUACGAGGGUGCGCCGUACUACACGUUUAUCAUGGGCAACAUCCAGUGGUUUGUGCUGGCCACGACGUCUGACCUGGGUGGCGGCGGGUUCAGCAAGGGGUCGAGCCAGUACACCUGGCUUAGCAUAGCGCUUACUGCGUCCAUGGCCAACACGGCCGUCAAGUUCAGGUUCCUCGUCAACCAUUGGUCGCCGUUCAGCACCUUCAGGUACUGCUGCGCGGGCAGCUGCGAGGCAGACCUGUUUGUGUUCCCGCUCGCCGAGAAGGGCAUCGACGCUAUCUUUACGGGCCACGACCACGGCAUGGGGCGGUACUCGUAUCCGGACGAAAGCGUCGAGUACCAGGUCGGCGGCAAGUCGUACGGCAAGCUGGCCGGGUGGGGCGGCAUGAUGGCCUUCAUGACCGGGUCCGGCAAGAACGAUGGCGACCGGGCCGAGGACAGCUGCGAGGGCUCCGUGACGGCGGCGUCCGGGUUUACGGUCCACGCGCACCACGACGUGCUCCCGAACAGCCAGGGGGCCCUCAAGUGCACCGCGGGUGCGGCGAGCGUCAAGUUUGAGUACUACAACACCAAGGGUACGCUGGUGGACACGUGCACCCUGACGAGGGGUCGGGGGCGAGUAGGAACACGUGGACGUGAGUCGGGUUUUUGGAGGUGA